AUGACUUCAGACAACACUUCACACCAGAUCGAAGACGAGGAGCAGAGCUUGGGUACAUGGAGUACAGUGCUGGUAAUGAGUGUGCUGGAAGAGAAGAUAAACUAUAUAAUUGGGAGAGGAGGCCACCAGGUCACUGAAAGCGUCCUCAGCUCGGUCACAACUGAAGUAAAAGGCAUCGCUCAAACAAACACCACAGAGCUCGGUGAACAGAUCUGGGAUGUUGCUGACUACAUCAUCCCACCUCAGGAGGACGGUUCUUUCUUUCUGAUGACCAACAUGAUCGUCACGCCAAACCAAACACAGUCAAAAUGUCCAGAGUAUCCAACCCUGAACUCCAUUUGCACAUCUGACCUGAACUGCACCAAAGGCUUCAAAGAUACUCAAGGGAAUGGUGUUCAGACAGGUAGAUGUGUCCAUUACUCAGACUCAGUGAAGACAUGUGAGAUGUCAGGUUGGUGUCCUGUGGAGAAGAAAGUUGAACCUCCAAAUCCAGCACUUCUGGCAGAUGCUGAAAACUUCACGAUAUACAUAAAGAAUAAUAUUCAAUUCACUGAAUUUAACUUCAGCAAGAAUAUCCUACCAAACAUGAGCAGCUCCUACUUGGCAAAUUGUGUGUUCCACAGAAAUAAGGACCCUAACUGCCCAAUUUUCAGAAUCAAAGAUAUUUUUGAAGAGACUCAAGAGGAUUUUCAGACCAUGGCAGUCUAUGGUGGAGUAAUGGCAGUGCAAAUCCAAUGGGAUUGUGACCUUGAUAAGGGCUUGUGUGCCCCCCAGUACUCCUUUCGCCGACUAAACAAGAAGGACCCAGAAAGUAAUGAAACCCAAGUGCACAACUUACGAUUUGCUAAAUACUACAAGAACAGUGAUGGUAAAGACACCAGGACCCUAUUCAUGGCAUAUGGCAUUCAUUUUGAUGUUCUGGUUUAUGGUGAGGUGAGUUUUCCAAGUGGCACUAUGACUGUUAUGGAAUAUUGGCAUGUAGAUGUCUUCAAAGGUGUAACAAUGAUGCAACAAUAA